CGAGUGUACCACGUGACCCGGCUGUCAAACAUGGCUCCUUCCUACUGGGUGUGAGAGGAGCGACAGCUGACAAAGGAAAGAACUGUGUCCAGAAGGGACGGCAGCGAUUCAAAUCUCAGCACAGCUUCGUCGAGACAACUCUGCACCUAUGUGACAUCCACAGCAAGGGAAAAUUACCUGCCAAAUGAUGAAGUGUGCCAGAGAGAGGAACUGACAAAAGAAGGCCUUCAUUGUUGCAGACCAUCUGUUCAGAUCCACCCUCCUCCUCCUCCUCCCUCCCUGUGAGUCCCACCCUGCAGCCAUGCUUGUCAACCCAGUGUACGUGGAGUCCACUGUAGUUCUGGCCGUGGUGCUGUGUGUCCACAUGGCGGUGUGGAACCAGCACUCCUGGUGCAGCAUCGCCCUCGUCAUUCAGGCUUUUUACGUGCAGCACAAAUGGGACCGUCUGCUCAGGUCGGGAGGCGCCGUGUUCCAGUUUCGCCCGGCAGCAAACAGCGGCAUCGUUCCAGCCUCCAUGGUGAUGCCUUUAUUGGGCCUGGCGCUGAGAGAAAAGUGCUCCGCCUCAGGGAAUGUCUACUUCGAGCGCUUCUCCAUGGUGGUCACCAUCACAGGCAUGAUGCUGGCUCUGUUUCUCUCCCUGAUUGCACUGGGAAUCACAAGACCCAUCCCCACCAACACCUGUGUGAUCGCAGGAAUGGCCGGCAGCGCGAUUCUCUACACGACAAAACAGACGCUGACUGUGUCUGAGGUCAUCGAGGUCUUAGAGGUCCUGUUGAUCUUCGUCUAUCUCAGCCUGAUUGUGCUUUACUUGCUGCCGCGCUGCUUCACGCCUGGAGAGGCGCUUCUGAUCGUCGGAGGAAUCAGUUUCAUUGUGAACCAGCUCAUCAAGCGCUCCCUGAACCUGGCAGAGGUGAAAGGUGAUCCAGUCAACUAUUUCCUGCCAGUUAUCGUGGUGGGUUCCCUGUUGCUGGGUGUUUUCUUUGCGCUGCUCUUCUGCUUCAUGGAGUCUGAAACUUGGGUGUCGUCGCUUUUCUUUCAUAUGAUGACAGCAGUUCUGGGUCUGGGAAUCCUGAUGCCAUGGCUUUCCUUGUUCAUCGGCCGGCACCCCUUUAUGUGGCUGUUGGACUUUGUCACAUUCAAUGACAGAAGACUCUGUCUGCUGGGGUACUGGGUGUUCCUGGCUGUCGUGGCCACUAUUGUUGUUUUACAUCAGAACUAUCAGCGGCAGUCGGGCUCCAAGAAGCACCAGGCCUCAACUGUUGUCAGGAAGUACUUCCAUGUGAUUGUCGUGGCCACGUAUGUUCCAGGGCUGAUAUAUGACAGACAGCUGCUCCAUGUGGCCUCUGUGGGAUGUUUGGCGAUUUUCUUGUUCCUGGAAUACGUGCGUUACUUUAGAAUCAGGCCUCUCGGUCAGCUGCUCAGGCAGCUGCUCACCUUGUUCCUGGAUGAACGGGACUCUGGGCCUCUCAUCCUCACCCACAUUUACCUGCUAGUGGGCAUGUCUCUGCCCAUUUGGCUAUUCCCUGGGCCCUGUGCACCAAAGGGGAUCCUCCCUGGUGCAGGCGGCCUGGUGCCCUAUGCAGGUGUGCUGGCUGUGGGGAUUGGAGACACUGUGGCAUCUGUGUUUGGCAGCACCAUGGGGGAGAUCCGCUGGCCCGGCACUAAGAAAACCAUGGAGGGGACUGCAACAUCGGUGUUUGCCCAGAUCAUCGCAGUGGCCAUGUUUCUCAUCUUCGACGGGAGCAUCAACCUGAACUCCACCUACUCAUGGAUUGUUGGCUCCAUCACUCUGGUGGCCAUGCUGGAAGCCUACACCUCCCAAAUAGACAACCUCCUGCUCCCACUCUACCUCUUCAUCCUGCUGUUGCUUUGAGUGGACAGAUAGCAUAAACAAACGGAUCCCUCCCCCCUGUUCUCAGCCCUUUCUGGUGGGCAAGCAAAAAUGCUGAAGUUGGAAAAAAUGUCUAAAAAAUAUGUAGUAGAAAAAACAGAAGUCGCUUUAGGAAUCAGUGGAUUUGAACACAAAUGAAAGUUUUUACUGGCACAAGAGUUGACUCGUUAAAAGCCAACAAUGUAAUCAGGAUUUUUUUAUUUUGUGUGACACUAAAUAAAAUCUGCUCCUGACUUUACUCUGAUGUGAUGUUAGCAUGAGGUUCGAGUCUGUUGUCUUCAGAUCACAAGUCAUCUCAGUAUCAGUUUCUCUGGAAUGAGGAAUGAGACAUUUUUAGAAUAAGUUGCUGACAAAUGUGAGUAAGAGUUGCUAAAUAUUCUUUGAGCUUAGUGACAGCGGUGGUGUAUGCUUUCACCGCUGACACCAACAACUCCUAAAUUAUGCAACAGGAGAUUCAGUUUAGCAAAGUGAGAAAAUGUCCUUUAAACAGGUCCAGCAGAUCAUCAGUGAGGAUUAGUUUGCUAUUCUGCAAAUAGAUAUAUGCCUUAGUAUUGCCUUUUGAAGAACAUUAUUUGAAGUUAAAUUAUUGAUACAUCUCUUUCUUAAUCAAGCCCUCCAUUCUUAGAUUAUUAUUUUGCCUCCCUGACGGCAAUACGAAAGACUUACUGCUGAAAAUAUUUGCCUUAAGAAGUAUAUUUUCUAUCGCAUAUGACUUACUAUUGUAGAAGCCGUAGAUGAAAGCAUGGCAGCCCCUCCGCUCUUCUUUACAAGGGCUGAUUUCUACUUAAAUAUGGCAGAAACUCACUAUGCUCCUGCAUGACACUAAUGUGAAAUCAAGUACUGUAAUGUAUAUGCAGGUAACCUACUGUAAAUCUCUGUUUGAUAAAUCGAAUUUGCUUAGUAUUUCGGUGGUUUGAUGGGACCCCGUAGUGGUAAACUUAAUAUAUAUGUUUCCUUGUGACACUGAGCCUUCAAAUUUUUGGACUCUGUAGAUUUGCUUCAGGCCAAACUGAUAAAGAGGCCCUUAGUUUUUAGUGAUUUUUUUUUCCCCCAUCCCAAAUUAUUAUUUGAAAUGUUUUAUAGAAAUAUCCUCAAAUGUCACCAGGCUUGGUCUCAUCUUCCUGAGAUGACAAUGGUACCUUUUCGAACCCAAACCUUGUUUUCAGCACAAUUUAAUUAUUUAAUGUUCAUCCGUGGUGUUUUUUAUGUUGUGAUUACAGUUAAUUAGCAUGAUCCUGCUUGUAUGUUGUUUUUGCCAUCCUUCUUACAUUUUUAAAAAAUGUUAUACUGCAUGUUGAGUUUAUCAGGGGAGAAAAGGUAAAGCUGAAAUGUCUCUAUUUGUAGUCCAUUUGUUUAAUGCUCAUUUGAGGAUUGAGAAGAGGGACCUGUGCGACUUGCUGACUGUACUUUGAUAAGACAAGCGUAAAACCUUUUGCUUUCUCAGUUUGAUUUUACAGCUAACAUAAGGCGGUUUAUAAUCAUUCGUACAUGAACUUUGCUUGCUUUUAAUUUGAGCUGCGUCUUAAGAUGAACAUACUUGAAAACAGAAAUGCUUACUGUUUGUCUGUAAAAAUAUGUAAGAAUCUGCCAUCUCAUUUGGACACAGAUUUGAAAAAUAUGACAAGAAGAAAGCUGGAUGAUGUUGAAGAGGAGAUGCUGAAUAAAAGUGGAUCUAAA